AGAGCUGUCGGAACAGCUGGUGUAGGGCUAGGUCUCUCCUUAUACGCGGCACCCAAGAUCUUCUGCGAACCUCCGCCCAGUGCUUCACCUGCUCCCGCGCCUCAGCAGAGCCCCCCAUCCCCUUUCCAGAUCCCCGACUCUCCGCCACCGCCGCCACCGCCGCCGUCCUCCAGCGUAAGCUAUCUGGAGCUCACAUUCGGCACGGUGACUGGCAUAUGCGCCGGAGUCUUCGUGAAGAAGGGUGCCAAGGCACUUGCAUUUGUCCUCGGCGGCAUGUUCGUCUUGCUCCAGUACCUCGGCUCCCUUGACCUUCUACAUGUUGACUGGUCUCGCUCUGCGACUGGCUUCGAGAAUUUAUUCUACACCAAGGAUGCUACGGGAGCGAAGAGGGCCCCGAGUGCCGGGUCGUUUUUCAAGGGGAUCGUGGACUUCUUGACGGCGGACUUCCAGCAGAGAGCGUCGUUCAUUGCUGGCUUUGCCUUGGGGUUGAGGAUCGGUUGA